UCAAAAUGAAAGUUUGUGGUCCAAAAUAUGCCCUGUGUGGCCUCAUUUUAUCUACUUGGGGAAUAAUUCAGCUGCUCCUCAUGGGAAUAUUUUUCUAUAUAAAAAGUGUAGCUUUAAUCGAAGAUAUCUCUCUAGAAGGACUGGAAAUUUCAACUCCAGAAGAGUUUUAUACUCACGUUGAUUCAGGAUAUACUCAAAAUGCCUACAAUUGUUGGAUAGCUGCCUGUCUCUACGUUUUUACCUUCCUAUUUUCUGGUCAUCAAUUUUAUGUUAAUUCAAGAACAUCAUUAAGUGUUUAAAAUUUCAUCAUUUAGCUUCUUUGUAAUUAUCAAAUCCUCCUAAUUACCAUGAAAAUAUAAAUUCUUCGUCUAGUGAUACUAUUGAGGUAAAACUAAUUUUAACGCAUCAAUUUUAGAUUAUAUUUUUUUGAAAAUUUGAAAAUAUUAAUCAGAAUAAUUAUUUGUUAGCAAAAAGAAAAUGAGAAAGUAAAAAGCUGAGUGAGCAAGUUAUUUUAUCAUGUAUAAAAAGUGUUUUUAUCUAUGUAAAUGGUUAUCAUUCUAUUUGAAGAGUCUAUCCAAUUAUUAUUUAUAUAUUUUAACUUGAAAUAAUUUUUAUGAAUUCACUAUAAUUAUUUAUUUGCCAAUUGAUCUGUUAAGUAAAAUGUUAUGCGUUUUAAAUACGAAAAUGCAAAUAAAAAUCAUAAAGAUUUCUUUGAAGCAUUCCAUAUUAUUUGUAAAUUUUAAAAAUAGACCAUGUAAGU